AAAGUCCCCAGUCUAUUAGUCUUGGACAAUUAUAUGCGUGACGACAGUCUACUACGUUAUAUACGGACGUAAAUGAGUAUUCCGCUGUACCCGUCGUAAACGAAAAAUCCACUGGCCAAAUUCGUAGAAAAAAUCUAAACAGUAAAAAUUUCGAUUUACUGUAGAUUAUAUUUAUUUACUCGUAAUAUAAAAUCGUGUACUUAUCGUUUUUGCAUUCAACUGAGUGCCUAUCCGAACAACUAAUAAUAUAAAAUAUCAUAAUAAUAUUUUUAUUCUAAACAUAUUUUAAUAUUUUAUUAAUACGUCUAUACGAAAACAUAUUAUUAUAAAUAUUACUGUUUAUUUUAGUUAUUUUUUUUUAUUUCGCUUUUUUUUCGAACGUUCGUUUUGGUUCAUCUAUAUGCAGAAACUUGUAUUUCAGAUUUACCAAGUACCUGGAAGGUGGACGUAAUGGGUAAUAUUAUUUAAUGUCAAUAUUCUAAUAUAUAAAUUAUAGAAAAAUUAUUAGUGGUGAGUUGAUAUGAAUUAAUUCGGAAUUUCCGAUGUCCAAUCAAAUGUUUGAAAUUGAAAACCGUCAGCAUAGGCGUGAGCAGUGCACACCGAGUCUGCAAGGACCGCUGCAUAUAGUUUAUUGCUUAUUUAAAAAUAGGGACCAAAAUAGUUAAAGAUAAAUACCUUACUAAAACACAAAUAUUUAAGAUUUUGAGUGGAGUGAAGAAUAUAUUGAUUUUACAAUGAUGUUUAUCUGUGAACAACUUUUCUACUAGAAAUUUUGUUCAGAUUUUCAAGUGUAGUAUUAUUUUCUGAAAGUAAAUCUUGGGGAGGUUAUUUUUUGUUUUUCCCAGCUGUUUUCAUAGUAAAUAGGAAAAACCAGAAAUACAAUUAUAGGUAAAAGGCAAAUAUUUACGGCGCACUGCAGCCUUAUCGGUUUCAUUGCUUUUAUCAUUUUUGUAGUUUAUGUUUUCCAUUAUUAAUAUUGCUCUAAUAGAAAAAAAAAGAAACUUUUUUUUGUUGUCUUUUUAAUCUGGUUUUGGAGUAAAUAAUUCGUUAUUUGAUUUUCGAAGUAGUUUUCGUAAUAAUUGGAAAACCAAAAAAUAAAAACGUAGAAAGAACGGGAAAAUGUACGAAAAUAACGCUUAUAUUAUUUUAAAUUUUAUAUUUUUGCUGUAAUUCAGUAAAACAUAUUUUAAAUGCUAUGUAAUUUUGACAAAAACUAAUAUUGGCUUUUUUUAAAUGUGGUAAAAUUUUAAAAACAUUUGAGCUUUUUUAAGCUAUUUAUAGACAUUUCAAUUUUGAAAGAUUUUACGUAAUUUUUGUUUGGUAGUUACUCUGUGGAUAAAAUAUUAUUAGACUAAACAAUAAUGGUUGAACAUAAGUUCAUUGUAAGUCGUACUUAAUAGAAAAAAACAAAUUUAAUUCAGUAUAGUUUUCACUAAUAUUUAAAUUGGCCUUUAGUAAACGAUCGUAAACAUUAUGGCCUUUCAAAACAUACAUAACCGAACUCCGCUCAGAAUCGUUUUUCGUUUGCAAUGAUUAAUCGUUGCGUACAGAUAUAAAUUAAAUUCUCCUAUAUAUUCUAAUUUUCCAACUUCUCAACUAAAACAGUAGCCAUAUCCAUCGUGCGAAGUAUAUCCGUUUUUUUAUAAUGUUUUUAAGAUCAAAUAUCGUAAAUAAUACGGCCAUCCAUUAUGUAUAAACGAAUUUUCCUUGGAAUCGUAAAUGUAUUAUAGUGAUGAUUGAUGAUGACCUUAUUAUAUUCAUAUUAUAAUUUUAAAAUGCAAAUUGAAUUAAAAUUCAUUAUUUAAUAGUAUAGGGGCGUCAUUUUAGAUUUUCUGUGUUCCAAAAUAAAAUAUCAGUCCAAUAUGUACAGAUUUUACUAUUUCAGGAAUGGCGUAACUAUAGGUACCUAUUAGGACCUUUUUUGGACUAGUGAUAUGUAUAUUUGUUAAAAAAUAUCAAUAAAAAAAUGAAUUAUUUUUCUAUAUAUGUGUUACCAUAAUAUAUAUGUUUCUCAAUUUCAUUUAAAGAAACAUUCACUUUCAUUAUUAUAGGUACCUACUAUAGUAAUAAUAGUAGUAUUAUAGGUAUAUAUAUAUAAUAUAUAUAUAUAUAUAUAUAUAUAUAUAAAUAUAUAUAUAUAAAUAUAUAUACAUAUUAAUACAUUUAAAAUACAUACCUAGUCAACAAGUACAAUGGACACAAAAUACUGCAACAGUUUACAGUGACACUCAAACUAUAUUUGUUUUAUGUGGGAGAAUUUGAAGUUUGAAACCACCUAAAAAACUAUAAUCCAUAUAAAUAUAUACUUUCCAACCCUUACAAGCUACUACCUUUAAUAUUUACACUUAUUUUACCCGAAUAUUUCAAAUCCUAAUUACCAGGAACACCCACCUACCCAAAAUAAUUAAAUAUGCAAUAUAUAUUUCUUUAAUAAUAUUUGUAAUAAUAUUAUACCUAUUUUCUUUUUUUUCUUACUUUUUCCCGAAUUGUCGAAGUUUUUCAUCGGUUUUCCCGGGUAUAAUGACAACCGCUUGGAAAACCAAAAAAUGACCCCCUUAAAGUACUAUAUUGAUAAAAUUUCCUUUCAGAAAAUGUGCUACACUUAAUAUAUUGGAGCAAAAUUUUUGAUAGAAAAGUUUGUACAACAAAUCGAAGGGUGUUUUUUAGUUAAAAUAGUCCGAGCGAACGAUGGCUUACUAAGUCCCUAGGUACACCCAAAAUAAUUUUUUUUGAAACACGAGUUUGAACUAGUGAUCUCUAGGAUGACAGUAGGUAUGUACUACCAUUACACUAAUAUAACAAACAACAAAUACAUAUAUUGUGUAAUGAACCAUAUAGUGAUUUAACAUAAUAUAAUAUAAUAUCCGUAUUCCGCACAUCAGAAAUUAAAAAAAGCUAUAAUUUCGAAACAAAAUCAGUCUGCUCAAUUCUGAUUUCACCAUCGUUCUUAAAUUUACAGUAUACGAGUACAUAUCUAUAUUCAAAACAAAAAAUUGGAUUUGUUCCACAUAAUUUUUUACUCAAACAAUUUUUGUCAAAAUUUGAUAUUAAAAUUUAUUUAUAAAACAAAAAUACUACAUUAAACUCAAUUUUCUUUUCCACAAAGUAUGACUUUCAAGCAAUUUGACUGAGAAGAUACUUUAGGGAGAUAAUUUUUCCCAAGAGUUUCCCUAGCAAAUGUAAAAACCGGGAGAAUCGGUUUAAUAUUAAUAAAUAUGAUUAAAGAAAAUAUGUAAAGCCUAUUUAAUUACUUUACUAUGACAUUUUAUUAUAAUAUAUUGUUGACAAAGUAUCACUAUCAACUGGACUCCGCUCAGAAUCGUUUUUUCGUUAGCAAUGAUUAAUCGUUGUUUACAGCUAUACAUUAAAUUACCUAUAGCAAUAAAUGCACCCGUCCUCAUUAUCCUUGGAUAGCUUUUGAAUUUUUUAAAACACAGGUUAGAUUAAAUUAUGUAAGUAAAAAAAAAAUGUUUUUUCUGACAGGCAAAGUUGGGCAAUUUAAAUUAAAUUAAUGCAUGAUUAAUGGGAAAAUAUUUAUUUAUGUUAAAUAUAUAGGUAAUAUCAAUGGACUCUCCCUCCAGAAAAAAUUCCUAAAAUCGCCACUGCCAUAACCAUCGUAACUACUCCGUAGUCCGUCGUCGUUUUAAACGCAAUUGCUCAUGCGAUUCAUUACUAGCAUAGUAACAUAAUAUAUAUUUUUAUAUUCAAAUAUAUUAAUGAUAAAAAAAAUCAUCUAUCCUCUUUGAAGUAAAGUCAAAGGGAACCUCCUCUAUCAUGCCAUCUUGACUUGUACAAAGUUUAACUAUUGUAAAUUGAAUAUAAACUGCAUAUCGUUACAUUAAAAAAAAGACUUAUUUUCGUAAAUUUCACUUGGAAAAUCAAAAAAUGACUUUUUUCGUGAGCAUUCAGAAUGUUACACAAAAGUCUCUUGUCAUUUUUUGAUGGAAGCACGAUUUUUAAUAGAAAACAUAAGUUAAAAUUAUGUAAAAUCAUGAAAUCGUUCCGCCGUAAUUAUUUGUCAGUUUAUCUCUUUGUAUUUUCUGAAUUAUUAUAAAAACCGGUUGAAAAAUUAGAAACAAUUUCCGUUCAGAAAAGGUGUUAAACUUGAUACAUUGGAGCAUGAUUUCUGGUAGAAAUUUUGUAUACAGUUUAAAAUAGACGGACAUACUCGUACUUCAUGUGGAGAUUAGGGUCACUGUCAGGGGUGGAUCUAGGAUAUUUUUAUAGAGGGUAUUCUGUAUAGUCCAUCCUGAUUGUAUGACCUUUUUUAGUUCUAAAUAAUGAAUGUGCUUUAUAUAUUCAAAAAAUAAUUAUGAGUGGAAACUUUAAAAACACAUAUCUAAAACAAAGUCCGUUAUUUUAAAAAAAUAACCUUCUCUGUAAUAAUUAUAAAAAUAGUUGAUACUGAGGAUGCGAGUGACCAUUUUUGUAGGUAAGAAGUUGGGAAGGUAGGAUACAUAAUAUUAUUUCAUUUAUAUUUGUAAGCAACGAUAAACCAUUGCUUGACGAAAGACGAUUCUGAGCGUUAACACAUAAUUUGAAGUGCCGUAAAUUUUUUUUUACGGUUUUCGUUUAAAUUUGAUUUCAAAACGCUUAUUAAAUAAGAAAAGUUUUCUGAUAAUUUUGGAAAUUUUACCACGUAUAGGUCAAUCCAAUAUAAGUAAUAUUACCAAGUUUCAUUCGUCUCUACGUGUAUUUAUAACCGAAUCACUGUAAAAAAAACUUCCAAAAAUUAAAUUCCUUAAAAGCUCAAAAGUUUUGGCGAUGAUAACAUAAGAAAGUAAAUCAAAAAGACAACAAAAAAGGUGAAUUAUAAUUUUUCGAUUAAAUCAUUUUUUUGGUAGAAAACAUCGUCUGUGUUUUUAUAAAAUAAUGAAAUCGUGAAAUUUUACAUUUGUCUAAGUUUUUUUUCCACUAAAGUGCUUUUAUUUAAAAAGUGACCUCUUCAAAGUACUAUCUAGACAACUUGAGCUUUCAGAAAAGUUGCUACACGUAAAAAUCGGAGCAAGUUUACUAAAAAAAAAACGUGUCCCACAUAUUAGAAUAAAAAAAUAAAAAAAAUAAACGUCUUAGUAAAAUCAAUAGCUCUUUCGCUCCGCUCGGAAUCAAAAAAUAAAUGUUUAAACGAAAAAUUAAAAUUCUAUCACAUAUUCAUUAUAAUUGAUGAACAAAAAAUCAAUACAAAUUAUUUGGUCAUUUUGACUCAACUUCAUCCUUCUCUUUUUUUCGCACAAAUGUAGUUAUAACUUAAACAUAGUGGAUUGUAGGUAAUUUUUUAACAUUUUUAAAGUUGAUAUAGAUCUCUCCACUGUGGCUGUAGAAACCUAAUCUAACCAAUUAAAAAGUAUUUUGAUGUUGGGAAAAAAUUCACUGUAGUGUUCUAAUGCUUCAAUUGCAAUUUAUGAUAUGUUUUAAAUUUUGGUCCACGUAUUUUCCACAAAUUAAUUUCUGCUUUCAAUUCUUAAUCCAAACUUUUAAUAUCUUCAUAAUAAAAUUUGACAGAUUCAUAGGAAUAUGCUGGGCCUUCUAAAGAAUACAUGUGUGUAUUUUUUAUACGUAUAGUAUUUGUUUUAACAUGAUAGCUAUAGCACCCUAACACCCCUCUCUGGAUCCGCACUUUAUUGUUAUAGGCGAGAAGUUGGAAAGAUAGGAUAUAGAGAAAAAUUUAAUCUGUAUAUCUGUAUGCAACAAUAAAUCAUUACUAACGAAAAACGAUUCUAAGAGUUGUUAUAUAUGCUUUGAAAGGUAUUAUAUUUAGGUAUUAUUAUUUAAGGAUUAUAUUUAGGAUAUUUAAUAUUAAAAUUGUUAUAAAAAAAUACAACCUUUAAUGAACCUCCUGUUAAAUUUUAAAGUAUGACUGUUUGGUUCAAUCAAUUUUAUAUACUAUGUACAUACAAAAUAAAAAUUACGUACAAUCUCGUAAAAUUAAAAUGUAUAUAAAUUGCUCAAAAAUGGCUAAAAUGUUUUUCAAAUAUAAGUUUUUUAUCCAAAUUUCAAGCCUCUUCGAUACUUUUUAACUGAAUCAUAACAAAAUUGAAAAUAUAAAGUUCGUAUAUUUUCCCAUUUUUCCUACGGUUUUCCCGGUUACUUUACAAUUAUCAUGAAAACUUUUUGAAAAAUCAAAACAUUAUUUAACCUAAAGUCCCACUCAGAUAAAAUUUCCUGUCAAUAGAUGUAAUAUACUUAAAAUUCAGAGCAAGAUUUCUGGUGGAAAAGUUAUUCACGGAUUAAAAAUAAAAAUCAUUUCACUCAGAAUCUAAAAAUUAUAUAUAUAUAUAUAUAUAAAUCCCUCUCAAACAACAAAUGCUCCAGUAUAUUUAUUUAAUAGUGAUUUUUUUUUAAUAGAAAAUACUAAGUAUUCAGCAGCCGUAUUUGAAUAUUUCAGUUAUUUUUAUAAUUAUAAAUAAUUGUAUACAAUAUAUUUUGUGAGUAUAACAUUACAUCCUUAAUAGGUAUAAAGAUGAUGUAUGAUAUUAUAUAGGUAUAAGUAUUCCUUAUCAUUGUUUUAAGAACAGUUUUUAGGAGGAUUUUUUAUUUCAUAAAUUUCGUAUAAAUGUGAUCUGGUAUUACGUUUAUUAAAUAAUUUGACAGUUUAUUAUUAUUUUUUUUUUAACCAAUUUAAAUCAAAGAUCUAACUUUAAAAAUUGUUUACUGUGAAUAUGAGUGUUGAAUAAUUAAUGAGGAUUAUAGUAGGUAUAUAUAAAAUGUAUCCCUAUAAAUUAUAAAUGAUAUAGAUAUAGGUAGUAAGUACUUAUAGACUAUAGUAAUACUUACAAUUUUAAAUACAUUUUCACUCAAUUUAAUCAACUAUUAUUUUUUAAUAAUAAAACUAUUCAAAUUGUUUAGAGUCUAAACUCUAACAAUCAUUUGACUACUAUAUUUCACAAUAAUUUGAACGAAUAUGGUAAUUAGGUAGGGGUAGAAAAGUUGUCCAAAAAAAAAUCGCAAUAAUGUACUAAUAAAUUUCAUACAUUUUCCCGUUUUUUUCGUUUUUUCUCAUAUAACGAGAAAACUCUGGAGAAAAUCAAAAAAAUAACCUCUUCAAUGUACCCGCCUAGUGAAAUUUCCUUUUAGAAAAAUUGCUAUCAUAUAAAAAAAUAUGAGUAAUCUAUUAUCGAAAUUCAAAAUGCAUAUAUUUCAGCAAGUUACGAGGCAAGCCUGAUGUAUUGAUAAGAAAUUGACUUUUCUCUAUGAUCCGGCUUUUAAAUUAAGUUCCAAUUCCAUGGUUGGGUAAAGAAGACAAUUUGACGAUUUAUUCACGUUUCUUAUUUGCUGCAUCCCCUCCCAAUGAAAUUUUCUGGACUCUCCAUUGAUUGAAGAUAUAAUAAAAAUACUUGAUAAAAUCAGAUUUUAUUAAAAUUUGAAUAAUCAGUAACCGAUAUUUAUUAUUAUUUUUUUAAGUAAACUACUGAAAAUUCAAAAAAAUUAAGUCCAGUCAAACAAAAAAACAACAUAAUAAUAACAUUAAAAGUACCUACCUAUAUAAUAAUAAUUUGAAAAAACUGCUAUAUAGGUACGUCAUAGCUAUUAGUUUAUGCAUAUAUAAAAUAUGUACUACCAGGUACGUAGCCAGUGGAGUUCAUUGGGUCUGGAUCACCUUCCCCCGAAAUUAUAUUAUAGUAGAUCAAACGUAUCAUUCAAUCUAAUUAUUUUUUCCGUAUAUAAAAUAUUAUUAUUAUUAUUAAUAGUAUACGAUGUGCCUUAUAGGAAAUAAUACAUUGGUAAUAGGAAAACUGAAUUUUGAUGUUGGCCACUAAUGACUGAGCAUCGUUUGUACGAUUAUAAUUUGCAUUAAAUUAUUUUCUAUUGUUAUUUAAUUUAUUACCAUGGAAAUCUUUAUCAUUUUAUUUCGUGGAAAAAUAAUAAAUGUUUAAACAUAUAAUUAUAUGUGUAAUUAUAAUACAUUACUUUUUAAUCGCUGUUUGUAAAAGAUUAAAUUAUGAAUUAUAAAUCAUGUAAAUAAAUAUAUAAAGAGCACGUGUAUGAGUUGUGAUAUAAGAUAGAUAGGUAAAUAAAAUUCAAUUUUAUCAUAUAAGUGUUCAAUAAAUGUUAGCUAAUUACUUAUAAAAUAUCACCUUUAUGGCUUUAUGAAUGUACCAAUGCACCAAUAAAUGUAUACAUUUAGGCAGAAGCUGAAGUACGUACUUUUUCGUACUGCAUACUUUAUUUCAAACCAUACUACAUCAUAGGUAUAUAGGUGAUGAUGCCUCCUCCCGCAAAGGAAUCAUUUUAGCUUUUGAUGUAAGGGUGGGAGGGAGUAAUAUUUUUGAUUAGCGCUUCAAAAUUACCGUUCGCAAAUUAAUCUUAAUUUAUAUUUUCCUCUAUGUAUUAUCAGGUAUGGAUGAAUAGCUAAUUUUGUUUUAAGAUUGGAUUCUAAAUUAAUAUAGUAUCCUACGUUCCUUAGACGUAUUUUAGAUUUUACAGGUAGGCUAAAUAAUUGGUAAUUUAAUUUUUUUUUAUAAAUUAACUCAAAAAAAUUUUUAUAAAUAACUUAUACUAUCUAUUUAACAUGAAUAAAAUAAAUAUUAAUUACACAGAUGGUCAGUUUUGAUUCUUUAUUUACACACGAAUUAAACAUCGAUAAUAAAAGUACAUUCUGUAUUAGAUUAAAUUAAGAUUCUAAUUCAGAAUUCUAUACAUUCUACUAUUCUGUGCUUUCAUCAUCUUUGAAAUAAUUUAUGAUAGAAGUCAAUGUUUUAUGAGUCAACUUGUUGUUAUUUAAAAUUUUAAUCAAGUUAAACUAACUUGUUUUUCUUAACGAGGUUUUUAUACGUAGUUGAAGGAGGAUUUUUGUUGGGACAAAUAACAUCAUGAUAAAUAAAAAUUCUUUGAUUAUGUAUUUCGCUAUUUUGAAAAUACGAAAACGAAUGCACAGUAUGAUAUUCCACUAUGGUAUGCGCACUUCUUAAUACAUUGAGCAAUUGAAUUUUUUUAAAUUUAUUGUUAUAUUAAUAAGAUUAUAUAGCAUACAAUUUAUAACAAAUAAUAUUUUUAUUAAAUAGUAAUUUCAUGUGGUGAACAAUAAGGUAAUACUAAACAUGUUUAGCUAAAUGAACUUUAUAUUCUAAUAAUAAUAAUCGUAGCUCAUAAUAUAAGGGUACUAUAAAUAUGUAGGUUACGUGCCUCAAUGGGUUUUCACCGAAGUCUCGUUGAGUGUAGAGUGGGCCAUGCAUUAAAGAGACCGUCGUUAAAUAAAAAUAAAAAAUAGAAAAUUACUUCAUUGAUUAGCUAAGGCUUCAGCUCACCCCCCCCCCCAAAUCUGAAACCUUAUUCUAGCCUUUGGGGAUAUGGGAGAUGGACAUCCUUCCAGAGCCAAUUUUUUUAAUAAUUAAGUAGGUAAUAUUAUAACUUUAUUUAAGUUCUUGUGCCCUGUAUAAGUAUAAUAUUUCAAAAUGCUUAAAAUAAAAAUUAAUUGUAAGUUUAAUUAUUGUUAUCUUAUAUCACGGAAAUUGAUGAAAUUGAAAUAUUUAUGGGCAUGAUAAUCAACCAAACCCUUUUUUUGUUAAAAAGUCUCCAGUUUAUUAUUACUAUAACAAUCUAUAGUUUAAAUUUUAAGAGUAACAUUUAUUUUAUAUGACUUAUAAUUUGUUAUUAGUCAUUGAAUGCGAUUAUAGUACAAAAAAUACAAGUUAAUAUUAUUCAUUAUUUUUUAAAUAAUAAUGCAAAAGUUUUUCCAUUUCUAGUGAGUAGCCUAGUCAUAUCAUUAUCACUAUUCAUUAGUAAAAAUUCUAGGGUAGUAAAAAAACCUAAACUUAACGCUUUAUAUAAAGUUUAUUUCAUGUCAUCAAAAUAUUGUAAAUUUUUUUUUUUUAAAUUUAGAUAAAAACUGCACAUUUUGUAGAGAACUGCUCAUCAAGGGUUUUAAGGUAUUAUGUAUUUUAGUAUACUUAUUGGCUUAUUACAUUACAUUAUAUUUCAUUCAUACCGAUCUUAUUAUUCAAAAUUUGACCAUUUAUUUCAAUUUCAUUUAUUUUUUUUCUGUAGUAUCACAGAAGAAAUGUUUAGAAAAAACAUUUUCUUGCCAUCAUUACUUAUACAUAAAAUUAUAAUAAUUACUCAUUGUAAAUGUAAAUUACAGAUUAUAGGCAUGUGUUUUUAAAAUUAGAGAAAAAAGAGAUACGGACAUACUUCGCACAAUAGGUAGGCCACUAUUGAAGGUGAGAAGUUGGGAGGUAGGAUAUAUAUAAGAGAAUUUAAUGUACUCGUGUAUCUGAACGUGACAAGUAAUAUUUGCUAACGAAAAUCGAUUCUGAGUAGAGUUCUAUUGUACCUAAAUACUUUGAAAGGCCAUUAUAUCAAAAUUUGAUAGAUAUUCCAAUGCUCACAAAAAAAAUCUCUAUAUUACACUCAUUUUUUGGAUUCUGAGUGGAGCGAAGAAGCUUACGGUUUGACAAAGAUGGUUAUUUUUUUUUAAUCUUACUAUAACAUUAAAAAAAAAAAAAAAAACAAAAUUUGAAACAUUAAAAGCAAUAUUUUCAUACAUUUUUCCGAUAUUUCUAAGUUUUUUAUGGUUUUCCCAAUUAUUAUGAAAACUAUUCGGAAAACUAAAAUGCUACUUUCUUUAUGUGCAUUCGAAAUUUGACAAAAAGGUUUAUAUCAUUUUUUGAUGGAUUAUUAUUAGAAAACAUAAAUUAUAAAAACAUAUAAAAUCAUGAAAUCGUUACAGUGUAAAUAUUUAUCCGUUUCUCCCUUCGUUAGGUUAGGUUAAGAUUAUUAUGAAAAUCACUUGUAAAAUCAAAAAUUUACCUCUUUUAAGUAUCAACUAGAUAAAAAAUUUCCGUUCGGAAAAAGUGCUACACUAAUCGAUACAUUGAAGCAAGAUUUCUGGUAGAAAUUUUGUACAUUGUAGUAUAAUAAUAAACGGACAUACUCGUACUUCGCACGAUGAGUAGGGUCACUGUUGCAGAUGAGAAUUUGGGAACGUAGGAUAUACAGGGAAAUGUAUAAUGUAUAGAGAGUCCUACAGUGUUAUUCAUCGGUUAUAACUUAUAACUAUCAAUAUUCUUUUUUUUUUCAAUUUUUUUUUUAAUUGAAUUUUGUGUGAGAGGGGCACAUAUUAUAAUUAUUUUAAAUUGAGCUAAAAUCUCAAUCAUGUAUCUAGUGUAUCAUGCAAUAAAUAAAUAAUUAUUUACUGCAUCCUCUAGCUCUCUUAUAGUUAAAAUUCUCGGCUAGCCUAGAAUAAAAUACGUACCUCGGUAAAAACUGUGUUUCAAUACAUUGAAUAUUGACAAAUGCAAUACUUACCUAUUUAUAAUGAAAAAUAAAAAUAAAUAAAUUACCUAACCUAACAUCCUUAUUCCUUAUCCUAAGUCGAAAGUAUUUGAACGACUAAGUACGUGCGUGUCGUAUUCGUAAGUAUACAGAUAAUAAUUUUCAAAAUUAGAAAUAUAUUAAUAAAAGUCGUUAAACUUAAUUAAACAAUAGUUUUACCAGUGACACAAUCAGAAGAGAGGGAUCUCUCCAUUAUACCCUGCUGUGUACUAGUAUUUGCCAACGUAUAGAGAUGCUUUAUUCAAUUCGGUAGAUGUUUGGAUCCCGACCCCCCACUGGCCCCACUGUUAAAAAUUUCUUAUUGAUGUGCCACUGAAUUUGUUUAAAGCAAGUUUUAAAUCAGCUUUUUUAAUUAUAUAAUAACAAUUCAUCGACGAUAGCAUUAUUAUAAGAGAGCAUUUUAUUAGGAUAAUUUAUUAGUGAUAAAAACUAAUUGCGUUCAAUUGAUAGUUCCAUAGUUUAUAAUUAAUAUGUCAUUGUUUAUUCAUACAAACUAUGAUUUAUUUAUAUUGUUAUAGGUUUAGAUUUUUUGGACAAUGGUUCAAUUUUCGAGCAUGCUAUAACAUGCGCAGGUAAACGCAUCUCCGAACUAAAUUGAGCAAUUUAAUCAACAUAAUAGUACUAUUAAUCGUUUGUAUAUAAUAUAGAAUUUGGAAAAUUUCACUAUUUCUUACUGGCGCUAUGCGGUCUCAUUUAUAUGAAUUGUGCCAUAUCUGUGAGCGUAAUAUCGUUUGUGUUACCGUCGGCACAGUGUGACUUCAGCUUGAGUUCCUCGGACAAGGGGCUUUUAAAUGCCGUACCAUUAUUGGGUGAUUGUAUAAAAUACACUAUACACAUAAGACGAUAAAACACUAAAAUGCAAACAUUUUAAAAUGAUAAUACAUAUUAUUAUGUUUUAUAGGCAUGCUCUUCGGGGCGUACUUUUGGGGAUGCUUGGCCGAUAUGCAUGGCAGGAAAAAAGCACUUAUAGCGGCGUUAUUGAUGGAUGGUUUGUCGAGUAUAAUUUCCAGUUUCUUAACUAUCUUUUGGCCAUUUUUAUUCUGCCGUUUCUUCAGUGGUUUCGGGUGAGUACCUACGCAAUCGAUACCGGUAUUAUGUUUAUUUAAACAAAAAAUAUAUUAUUUAAAUUACUUAUUUAAAUUUAAAUUUAAAUUUAAACAAAAAUGUUUAAAAUGAUAUUGUUAUUUUAUUUUAAGGUCCUAUAUGUAUAUUUUUAAAUUUAUAAAUAAAUAUCAAGCAUUUAAAAUUACGUCGUUGCUGACUAUAAUAAUUGUAAUACAAAAUUGCAUUAUAUGCAUUAUUCAAUAACUCUUAUUAGACCUGGUGCUCUAUUUUCUAACCGUACGUAAGAAGCCUGAAUGACCAAAAGUGCAUAGAAAUCGCCAUUUUUACGUAUACUCUAUUUAGAAUAAGAACACACCCGUUCACGCAUGCAAACUAAAAAUUCGAACGUAACUGGACCGUCGAAUCCUUCACCGCCGAAUUAAUAAUAGGCGGCUAUACGAGACCAUACCUUAUUGUCGCAUAGAGAUAAAGUAGUACACAUAGAUAUACUUCGUCAUCGUCGUAUGGUGAUGGUGUCAGUAGUAGAGAUACAUGCGUAAACUCUGACAUGUCUUUAUCCGUCGCCGAGUGUGCUCUUAUUUUGAAUAGAGUAUAGUACUAACCUGGGACUAGAUAUAUUUUAAGUAAAAAAAAAAGCUUAUUUUCGAGCUCUUAUCAAGCAAUACGUUUAAGUACCUUAGUAACCACACAUUUCCAUUACUAUCUUUACUUUUGAUUAAGUGAAUAAUAAAAAUAAAAUAAAUACAUUAUGAAAUAGAAGUAGAUUGUUAACAUUUCUUAUCCGCUUAUAUUAUAUUAUCGUGUAAUCAAGUAAUUAUUAAGUACCUUUGCAAUAUUUGGGUAUUCAAAUAACGAUAAAAUUAUGCAACAACGUUACUAUAACAAUAAAAUAUAAACCUCAUAUCAAGAGUCAAGUAAAAACUGUAACAACAAAUAAAACUUUCAAGACCUGGUGUAUAGACGAUAAAGGUUUUAGGGGUUCAACAACCUUAAAUAAUACUACUUAAAUACUACUUCAAUAAUACUCGCUUAUUUAAGACAACGACAAAAAUUAGUGAUUUGCAUAUAGUAUUUAAGCAUAAAAAAUGAACGAUAAAUUGUUACAAAAAAAAUAUACUUAACUAUAUAUAUAUAUAUAUAUAUAUAAUUAAGAGUAUACUGUAUUAUCUUACUUUUUGUAGAUUGUCCGGAUACUUGGGCAUUUGUUUUUCGUAUUUAGGCGAAUUCCAACCGAAAAUCUAUAGAGAAAAAGUGUUGUCAUGGUUAGAAAUGUUUUGGACAGUGGGUGUAAUAUUGCUGCCAUGUAAGUUCUUGUCAUUAUAGACUAUAGUUAUAACACAUAUAUAUUAUUAAAAAAAUCUGAUAUAAUAUUACGAUAAUUUAUAAAUUCCUUACUUACUUUCGGAUCAUUUUUCACCAGUGGUAGCUUGGGGCAUCAUUCCAUUAACAAUCCGGUACACUUUUGGAACUCUACGUUAUUCAUCAUGGAAUCUGUUUUUGACGCUGUGCUCUUUGCCCAGCAUUUUGUUGGCCCUAUGGUUGACCAGGUUCCCGGAGAGUCCUAAAUUCUUGUUGGAGUGCGGUGAAUUUGAUGAGGCGCUUGAGUGUCUGAAACGAAUUUACACAGAGAACACGGGUGAACCCGGUGAAGCAUAUCCCGUACGUAGAGACAAUUAUAGUUCUAUUUUUAAUAGUUGCAUUAUUUUAUUGAACCCGGCGAUGUUUAUACUAUAUAAACUUUCUAGGUAAGGAGUCUCAUCGAGAACGAGGUUCGGUGCAGCGUGGUUAGCAUACAGUCAAAACGUUCGCUACGCAGUAUGAAGUCAGUCAAGACACCUAAAGACCUCAAAAACUUGCUGUACGAGAUAUGGUACCAGACCAAAGAAAUGUUUAAACCGCCACACCUAAAGAACACGUUGCUAACGUGUCUCAUACAGUUCGGGUUGACCUCUAGGUAAGCAACAAACCAUUACUGGUGGUAACUAAGAAUUUGAUUAAAUAAAAAUGUUCCCGCAUAAUACUCCGAAAAGCCUCCCCAUGAAACUUAUUCAAGUAUUAACACUGUCCCCACACGCCGCAUCGUCUGGAAGAUUUAAUAAAUGGUUGCAAUAAAAGCGUUGAUAAAAAAAAAUUACAUUGCAUACAAAAUAUAUUCGAUAAUUCCUGUGGACUGGAACAAGUUUUAUUAGUUGUAUCACUAAAUUUAUUACAAUUUAUCUGAAGAGAGUCAUUUGGUUUACAUAAGGAGAUUAAAAAAAAUAAUUUGUCCAAACUAUUUUGUAUAUUCUACGUUUUACUGAAAUUCAGACUUUUUUUCUAAUAUUUUUUCGGCCAGUGGCUUUUUUUUUCUCAAUUUAAAAUAAUUGUAUGGGUGUAUUUUAUGUCAGUCUUGUAAUAUUUGUUUUUUUUUUUAUAACAGGGAAACAAAAAGAGAAAAAAAUAGUCAAUUGACAAUUUUUUUUCUAAAAUCAAGAUAAAGACCACCAUAUUAAAUAAUCAUUUAAAAUUUUUAAAUACGAAAAAUAAAAUUAAAGAAAAAACACAAUUAAAAAGACGUCCUAGGAUAAUGGAGUCGGGUGCAGCCACUGUAAUAGAUAAUUUAAUGUAUAUCUUUAAGCAAUGAUAAACCAUUGCUAACUGAGCGCAGUUCAGUUGAUAGUGAUGUCUUCCACAUUUGAUGGGAAAACUCUUGGGAAAAUUUAAAAAAUGACCUCUUUAAAUUACCAUGGAGAUAAAAUUUCCUUUCAGAAAAUAAGCUACACUUAAAAAUCAUAACAAGACUUUUGGUAUAAAAGUUGCUCAUCAAAUCGAGGGGUAUUUUUCGAUUACAAUAGUCCAAGCGAGCAAUAGCUGGGUCUCUAGGUACACCUAAAAUAUAUUGUUUUUUCUCUGUUUAGGUAAAAAGGAAAAAAUAAAUGCAAACAAUUUUUUUCGAAACGUGGUUAGAUUUAGUUUUCGUAAAUUCGAGAACCCUAGUAUGACAAUAGGUAUGUAUAACAAUUAGAUGAUGACAAAUAUUCUGUAAGAGAGGCAAUAUAGAGAUAUUUAACAUAACAUGUAAUAUCCACAUAAUAUCAAAACUUCAAAAAGCUAUAAUUUUGAAACUUAGUCAGUCCGCUUAAUUCUGACUUUACCAUCCUUCUUAAAUCGACAAUAUGCAUAUAUUCAAAAAAAAUUAAAAAAUUGUAAAAUUAAAUAAUUAAUAGAUUUAUUGCACUUAACCUUCACAUAAUUUUUCAUUCAAACGAUUUUCGUCAAAAUUUGAUAUUAAAAUUCCCUUACAAAAAAAACCCAAUUUUUUUUUACUACAAAGUAAGUCCCCUAAUGAACCUCCUUUUAAAUUUUCAAAUAUUUCUGUUAAGUUUAAAAAAUUUAUCACAGAGUACUUACCAAAUACAAAAUACGUACAAAAAUCGCAAAAUUAAAAUAUCUAUAAAUAGCUCAAAAUUAGCUUAAAAUGUUUGAAAAUGUUAUCAUGUCUAGAAACGGCAAAUACAAUUUUUCUAUCCGAAUUUCAAGUCUUUACGGAUAUUUUAAUUGAAUUACCACAAAUAAUAAAAGCAUUAUUUUUAUAACUUUCCUGUUUUUCUUACGUUUUAAACUGGUUUUUCCCAGUUACUAUGAAAACUGCUUGGAAAUCAAAAAAUUACCUCAUAAAAGUACUAUCUGAACAACAUUCCAUUUCAGAAAUAGUGCCGUGCGUAUAUAUCUGAGCAAGAUUUCUGGAGGAAUUUUUGUACACAGUACACAGUAUAAAAAAAAAUACAAAAAUAAACAUCUUAGUAAAACCAAUACAUUCUUAGCCACACUCAGAAUCUAAAAGUAUUUUAGUUAAGUAUAUACCUAACUAAGUGUUAAGGGAAUAAGGGAGUCAUAAAAUAACAGGUGAUAAAUAUAACCUAUUCUAACCUAACCUAAUUUUAUAAAAAAAUUGAAUGCUCCCUCCUCCCUGAAAAUUUUUUCUGGCUACAGUAUUGUAUUCGUAUAUAGUACUUUAUACAAACCAAAUACAUAAUUUUAUGUGAUAUGAUUAGUUAUAGUCUUAUAGGAUAAAUUUUAAAUAUAUUUUUAUUUACGUAUAAGAUUAAUAAUAUAAUUUGUGUUAAUUUUGGUGCAGUUACUACACGCUGAUGAUGUGGUUCCCGGAGUUGUUCAACAGGUUCGAAAAGUUCGAACGGCAACAGCCAGGCAAGGACGUGUCUGUGUGCCAAGUAUCGUCGGUGUAUAUCGAACAGGACGGUGUACUCAACACGGUUGAUUUAUGCGGAUCGGGAGUCGGCGAGACCGUGUACACACACACUCUGUGGAUCGGCAUAGCGUGCAUACCUACGUCGUUGUGGAUGCCUUUGUGCGUGCACCGUCUGGGCGCUAAGUUCUUUUUGGGUAUGUUAAACUUCAAACUCCAUUAGGUAUACAGCAGCGACAUACAAAUAUAUACAGAGUUCGGCUCGUUGGCUAGUAACGGGAACGACGUAUAACAUUAAUACCUAUAGGUAAAAGUAAGUAGAGACGUUCUCUGAUUUUUUUUAUAGAGGGGUAGGGAUAUGCAAAUGUAUUAAAAAGUAAGCCGUGAGGCUAAGCUUCUACACCUACUUCUUAUAUAAAAACAACACACAUUAAAUUACAACGUAUUAUAUUUUCAAUUAAAAUAUUAAAUUUAUAAAAUUAUUUCAAUUUUUCUUAAUUUUUGAGCCAAUACAUCAAGAACUUCUUCAAGAUCAACUCGGACUUCUCUAAUAGAGAAAUAAAAACGAUUGAUAACAAUAACGAAAAAGUGGAAAAAUAUGUUAUCACUUAUAUCAUUGUUUGGUGGUAUUAUUACAGAUUAAAUGAAACCAGAUUAUGCAAUCGAGUGGUUCUCGAAAAUAAAAAAAAUCCUAUUUGAUAGUUGUUAUUAUCGUGACGUGCAAGGGUGUCUAUCUUUAAUAAUACAGGGAGGAAACACUAUAUUUUAAAUAAUAUUUCCUAAUCGCCAAUGCUAUUUUGAUUUUUCAAUUAUAUCGUCAACAACCGAUAUAAUACCACUAGGUAGUGAUAAUAAUGCUACCAUAUACUAUAAUAUAUGAUCAUACAUUUUUCAUUUAUCCCAUGUAUUUUAUAUAAAUUAUAAUAUUUUAUGUAUGAAUGUAUAAUAUACACGGAAAAAACAGGGGAACAUGUCCUCUCCUUGCUUCCCCCCCCUAAUGGGCACCCAACGAGGUGUUAUCACAUUUGAAUAUCAAUAUAUUAUUACAUUUACAGAUAAAAGAUCAGGAUUCUCAACGUAUAAAAUUCGCUGUACUAGUAGCCAUAGACAUAUUAAUAAAUGAGUCGUGCUUAGAGAAGGAAACGCCGAAUCUAUAUUAAGUAAGAAAUAUAAUGCUAGUUAGGGAUAGUCAUGAUCAAUUUACACUAUAAAAUUACUAUUAUUUAUCAGUUUACCACGUCAAUUUAAUCUACCGGUAUAUAAACAUAAUAGAUAACGGACGACCAUUUACAUGAUAUUAUUAAAAGUGUGUCUAGGGCGGCCAUUUAUCAAGACGGUAAUGUUUACAUAAUGUAAAAUUGAUAAUGAAUCAUAAAUUGAAACUACUUUAUUUUAUACGUUUUAUAUACUAAUUAGUGAUUACUGUUACUAUACAAAAAAUAUUUAUAUAUUUUUUUUUUAAUUAAUUAAAGUGAUGUUUUAGCUUUGAUGUAGAUAAGCAGGUAUUGUUUUCUCAGUGAAGUGUUUUUAUUUAUUUACUUUCUAGUUAAAUAUUUCAGUUCAAUUAAAAUAUAUACAAACAGUAAUCUUUAAUCAAUAUCGAGUUUUGCAAUUCUGACUAUUUUCAACGAGUUUUCCAUAACUCGGAUAUCGAUUUUGCCGGAAAUUUCAGAUCUCAAAUAGGAUGCUUUGACUUCAGUCUUGUUGGUGGAUGUGUAAUGAUGUCGCUAUAUAAUGGAAGUUCAGAGUUACUCAUAACUUUUUUAACUACUUGUUCUGACUUCAUUAAGCUCCUCAAAUCUAGAGGGAUUAUGAUCGCCAACAUCGGCAACUAUUGUAUUUGAGUCAUUCUCACAAUUCUCGAGAUAAUUCUCAUGGAUUGGUUGAGCUUUAUGUCUACUUUUAUACAGUGUGCACUCCUAGACCCCAUUGGAGAACAUUAUUCGUCACGCUGUAGACCAAUUCCAGUGUAGAUGUUCGUAAAACUUCAAAGUUGCUACCCCAGCUUGUACCUGCCAAUUUCGCUAUGAUAUUAUUUCUUGAUUUCAACUUGUUCUUCAUUGCCUCUAUGUGGUCUUUAAAUGUUAAGGUUCUAUCUAUUUUUAUCCUUAGGUAAUUAUGGCUUUCAUUUUUAGGUACUGGAGAAUCCCCGAUCUUUGGUUCUAGCCUUCUACUUGCUUCCGGAUUAUUUUAGUGAAGAGCUAACGCUACAGUUUUGCUCGGAUUUAAUGUAAAGUGCCACUUUCUAUAGUAGUUUUGUAGAGUAGAUAAGUCUCAAUUUAAUACGUAUUCUGUUUCGUUGAAAGAGUCGACUUGGGCUAACAAUGUUAUAUCAUUAAUGUAGAUGAAUUUUCUCGACUCUAUUAUUGCUAAGUCAGCUGUAUAUAACAUUAAAAAGCAUUGGUGAGAAAAUUGAUCUUUGAGACAUUUCGUAGAUAUCCAUUUUGUAGACAUUUAUAUGAGCUCGUAUUACUAUUUAGGUACACUUUGAACUUUCUGCACUUCACUAUUUUGGCCAAAUUGACUAAAAGACACCUCUUCCAAACUAUAUCAUAUGCCGAAGACAGAUCCAGGAAGACUGCACCGGAUUUCUUCUUGCUUUGGAAACUAUUUUCUACAUGCGUAAUAAAGGCAAGGACCUGAUCGCAACAGUUCUUGCCUGUUCUAAAACCAGCUUGUUCUAUCAAAAAUGUUUUUUCUUAUAUAGGUUGCAGUUUAAUGAGAAUAAGUCUCUCAAAAACUUUAAAUACCGUCGAUAGUAGUGAGACUGGUCUAUAGUUGUUGGCGUUUUCCCCGGCUUUAAUAUGGCUACCACUUUAGCCUCACUCCAUAGUUCAAGAAGGAUUCCGGAAUUUGCAGUGUUUGUAGCUAAUUUAGUUUACCAGGUUCUACCUUUAAACUCUAGAUUUUUUAAAAAUUCUGGUAGGAUGCUAUCCGCUCUAGCAGCUUUGCUAUUCUUAACUGUUUUGGUGCUGUGUCAACUUCGCUCUUAGUAAAUAUAUCAAUCGAUGUCAGCGAGUUAUUGCACAAAAAGAAUUCGCCAACAAGUAGUCUCCUUACUUCAGUUUUUUCCUGUUUUUUCUGCUUGAUAUUUGAUAUCUUAAAAAAUUGGCUAACUAUCGUAUUCACUGAAAACCCCUCCUCCUUUCGAAUUGGUUGGGCCGCUCUCAGUUUCCUAAGGAAUGUCCUGCUUUUUUUGCUUGGUCUUGAGUCUAAAUCUUCCAUUGCUGUUAUUGUUGAUGUUUUCUUCAGAAUAUUUAGAAUAGCUGUCCCAGUUUGCUUCACAUAAGUUCCAUCUAGGUAUAGCUGGCUUGAUGAACUUAAGGAGACUUAUUCCCAUAUCUACUAUGGUUGAACGGUGUUGACUUUUGGGAAACUUUUUUAGUAUUGUGCGUCUUAUUUGUAAUGGUUGGUCUAACUCAUUUUUGUGACGGAACAUCUGGGGACGUCAUUGUUUUCUAUCUGCUCGAGUUUCUCCCUAUUUAACAUCAACAACUAGAAAGGUAUGGUUAAUAUUAGCCCAAAUAACAAGUUUCUCGUCAUUUUCGUCUUCCUCUUUAUAUCCCCGAUCAGUGCUCUGGCUAUUGAAAUCCCCAACAAAAAUCCCUGGAUGCUAACAUGUUGGUUAAGUUAAUUACUUCUUCAUUCAUGGAGAACGUCUCGAAAACAACUCUCUUCUACAACCAUUCUCUUCGAUAAUUUAAAAGAAGAUUGUUAUUUGUUCUUCUUUGUAGAAACUCCUUCAACUUUGUAGAUGUUAAAGUAAAAACUGAUUCUCGACUGCGGUAUGUGAUAUUCAUAUCUUAGACAUACUUUUAUUGUAUCAUAUAAACAUGAAUUUACAAAAUGUGAUAUUUUAUAUUGACAACAAAGUUACAUUUUACAAAUUGUAGGUUAAAGCACAAGGAUUAGGGCAGAGGUUCCCAAAGUAAUCUAUAUUGACCAACAGGGACUUAUUCUGACCUGUAAGGGGUCCAUGUUAUCAAAAAAAUUGUUGGUGCAUGAGAUGUAAAUAGGGAUAAUAAAUGAUAUUAGGGGAUCUAUGAAAAAUAGAAAAAAUUAGCUAGCGGUCUGCGCGGAAAAAAGUUUGAGAACCUACAAAUUAGAGUAACAUUAUUACGGUGUUACCACCACACAAGUUAUACUUAGAGUGGCUGUAGACAGUUAUUUCUAUGACAAUUGAUAAGAAUCAUAAUUUUCAUACUCAUCAAGUGUCCCGAACUUAAUAAAAAUAAAUUUAAUUUAAUCUGCAUUAUUUUGUACUCCCGAGUGCAAAUUUCACUCAUCAGGGUUAAUAUUUAUUUUAAAUUACUCAAAUGUAUCCGUGACCUACUUUUGAUUAAUGGUUUUAUCCAUGAAAUGGUUCGUUUUUUAAUACCAAAAAUUUAAUUACACUUCAAAGCUAUCUAAAUACUAGUAUUUUUUAUUAUAAGAAAUACAAAUUCGCUAUUCAUCUUUUUAGGAAAAAAACACGUUGGUACUCACUUAAUACCAAAAUGAUGGGAGCACGUAAAAAUCUGGAACGCACAAACCUUGAAAAUACAAAUCUGGAAAGUACAGUUCUUGAAUCCAGGGUUUACGGUUAUCGAAAUCUAAACCGUACAAACCUGGAAUGUAAAAGUCUAAAAUGUGCAAAUCUUGAAAAAUAAUUUUUUAUUAAUCCAGUGUUACCAACUUUUGGAUCAAAAACAUAUACGUACGUGACCAAAACCAUUCUUUUUAAAAAUUAUAAGAAAAACAACAUAUUAAUCCUACCUUAAUUUAGACCUGAAAAUGUAUUAGGUUUUAUUGUUACUUUUGGGACAUUAACUUCCUAGAAGUACUUAUCAGUAAUAGUAAUAUCACCGACCAUUUUAUUUUUUUUCGUGAAUAAUAUAUAUUCUAGAUAGCCAUCGAUAAUAAUAAUUUUUCCUACCAUUUCUAUGGUUAGAUACCUAGUGUCGUAUCGAUCACACACAUAAUAAUUAUUAGAAUACCUAUAUGCAUGUGUACUCGUUACCGCCGUCGAUAGAAUUAGUAUAAGAUCCCUUUCACAUUAUACGGUUUUGACCGUACAGCAAAAAAUCAAACGGUAAAAAUCCGUAAUAUCGUGUAUAUGUGGACACAUUUAAUUUAAUUUUCGUAAUAGGUAUGUUUUUCCUAAAAUCACUCCAGACCGAUUUAUUUGCAAUCAAAGUGAGCAUGUUUUACCAUACUAAAAAAUUGGGUGUGGGACGUCCUCUUAAAAAUUAUUAGUUUACUUGGAUACAGAUAAUUCGAAAUUUAUAGUACUGAUAAAAAGCUUACAAUAAAUUUAACAAAACUGCAUUUUUUGUCAAAAAUUCACAGACGUAAACCUAACAACCCUAACUUAUAAAUAACGAAUAUUAUUUAUUUUGAAUUCACGUCAUAAAGAAAUGCAAAUUAGAUUCAAAAUUUAAAACUAAAAUAAUAAAUAUAUCGCUUGCAAUUAUUUUAAAUUAUAUGGUUUAGUCUCACAACCCGGUACCUAGUUAUUUCCAUACAUGCGUGAAAAACGAAUAAACCAUGCUAGUGUUUUAUACAUUUACAGUUAUGUGCCUGUUCGUGUCCGGGGUCGUGACCGCCGCGCUGUACUUUGUCAAAAAUGCUAUGCAAAAUCUCAUAUUGUCGUGCCUGUUUGAAGCAUUUAGCGGCUUGGGAAUCAGCGUAUUAUUGUGCAUAAUGGUCGAUUUGUUUCCUACCAAUAUGAGGUAAUUAUACCAUUUAUAUCUAUUAUAAAGAUUUUAGGCUUAUUUUUAGAAAACUAAGAUACCUAAUCAAAAAUCUCACUUACCUAUUUAUAUGAAACUCAUAUUUUCAAUUCUGCAGACCUUACCAUGGUUUGUAAAAACCCAGAAUAGUCGAGGAUUAUUAUUUUAAACUCCUAUUAUUAUUUUCUGUAAAAUUGAUACAAUUAAUUUUUUUUAAUUGAUUUAUUAUUUGCCUAGGUAUCCUAAGAGACUAAAUGAAAAUAUACCUAUGUAUGCUACUAUUAAUAUAAAAAUAUAACUAUAAAAUCUAUUUAGAUACCAAAUUGCAUUUGCACAGUUUUUAUUUUCAAUAAUUUAUUUAUUUCUUAAAAAGGUCUUACCUGAUUCUUAUAUAAGCACACAAUAGUUAAUAAUAAUAGUACUAAUAAUAAGCUAAUAAUAAAGUUUUUUACAGAUUAAAAAUAAAUCAUUGUUAAAACCAAUACAAAUAUGUAAUUUAUAGAGUAAUGGCAGCUGCUGCAUCAGCUACAUUCGCCCGUGUUGGAGCGUUGGCUGCUAACAUCAUAUUUGGAUUGCUCAUAGACUCACAUUGCAUUUUGCUUAUCAUCAUAUUCAGUUCAUCAUUAAUAAGUAUGUAUCUAUACAAAAGCUCAAAAGUUGUAAUUCAGUAGUAUAAUUAAGGCAUACCAUUUUCUCUUUUUUGUACAGUAAGCGGUCUUUUAUCUUUGGCUCUUCCCAGCAACAACAGCAAGAACUUAGAUUGAAAGUCGUACUCCACCUAAAUAUAUACUGUAUAAAAGAAAUAAUUCAUUAAAACAAAAAACUGGUGAAAAAGUAUACUUGAUGUACUUAAGGUCAUCAAGGUGUACCUAUUAUACACAACAAUAUACAAUUUAGGUUAGUAGAAAUUGUAAUAAUAAGCGGAAAACCAAAUGUAGAAAUGUCACGAAUACAGAACUGUUUUUGAAAUAUUAUAUUAUUUAUUGUAAGUUUAUAACUUAAAUAUAAUGAGACAACUUUUUUUUAUUAUUACUAUCAUUGUAAAUAAAUAAGUAGGUAAUUAGUAUUACAACUGUUUUACAUUUUUUGAUUUUUUUUUUUUAGUAAUUUUUAUUCAAAUACUAACUUAUAUAUUUUUAUUAAGUGUUUUAAAUUUCUGUCAACUUUAAAAAUAUUGUCUAGUUGUAAUUUUUACGACCCUACAUUAUAUUUUAUAUUUAUAUUAUAAUAAUAAUCAAGUAAAAUGUUUGUUAUUUCUUCUUAAAUAAAUCACACAGACAAUAAUUGAGCUUAAGAAGUGUGAUCUGUCAAACUUAGUAAUAAUAAUAUAACUAGUUCUGAUUAUUUGAAAUGUGAAAUAGUCAACAUUCAUUGUAGUUUGUGGGGGCUUGGCAAAACCUUCACGCGGUGCCCCUGUUAAUGCUGUUUUCUCACAGCUAACUGAUUCCGCCAACACCAGUGCUAAAAAAUCUAGACUCAACAAAAAGAAGAUUGCAGUUUGUGAUUUGUAUUAUGAACUUAAGUUUAAGAAAAAACCGUUUACCAACUAAAAAAUUUAAUUAUUUUCGAAUACACUACAUAAAGAUGCGUAGAAGUUUUUUGUAUCCUGUAGAUCACCAGAACAUGGUAAACUUGCCAGUAGACCACAGGAC